GGCCCUAAGGGCCGCCCACCCAGCUCGGCGGCCCUCGAAAAACCCGGACGUCGCGCCGGGCGCGGGGGGUAGACCAUCGCGGCAUGGCGCUGAGACCGUGGCAAUGAGCAAGCCCAGAAUCACCAUCCGACAGAGCGAGGUGUUGCAAGUGAAGAGCGAGGAGGAGAUCGAGGAGGAUCAGGCCCCGGAAGACGCCAAAGUGGAGUUGUUGCAGCUGCUGGGCCCCCAUCCCCACAUCCGCGAGGUGUUGAGAGUACCACGCACAGCUCAAGGUCAUGCGCUCAUUGAGGCACUGUCCAUCGCGCCCAACAAGUUUGAAGCCUUGAGACACGGUGGCCUAUCGCUGGCCGAUGCCGUCAAGGUCUUGGAUUUGUUGGAGCUGGCGCUGCAAGCACAGCCGGAGCAGAAGGCCCGUCGAGCCAUCAGCCGAAGCGCGGUGACGAGGAUCUGUUUGCCAUGCCUUUUCUUGACGGAGCUGCUGAUAUGCGGCUUGCUGAUUUACACGCUGGAAACCGCUACUGGUGGCUGGGAGGUCGGCAAGUGUUCUUUGGUGAUGUUCACCAACAUCACCUGCACGGAGCAAACCACCCGCUGCGCCGUGGAUGUAGAGGUCCGUAGCACUCGAGGCACCUUGAGGUUCUUCACCAAGCAGGGCUGGCACCUGCCGGUGACCUACAAGACAGAGAUGGGGGGCUUCAGCUUCGCCAGUUACCUGGGUGAGAGGCUGAAGUGCUGCAAUGACCCCAACGGUCGUGUUGGGCCUUGUUGUGACCUCAUGGAGUCGACGUCUGAGAUCUUCUGCGACAACCUGGCGCUCUUGGGGCAACGCGCCUGGGACGGUACGGUGUGCCCGUCGAAUGGCUGGGAUUGUCUCUUCCUGAUCGAUGACUUUGAUCCGGCCAAGGCUGCGGACCUGAAGUUUUACACGCCACCAGACCUCUUAAGCUUCAUCAUUGCGGCUGGUGUGGUGGCACUUCUUCUGGUGCUGGCCAUCUUCUGGUCACUGGUCGUGCGCUUCUGUGAUUGCACCGGUUGCAUGAAGCACAGAAUGGGUAAACUUCAACGGUUCGCCAGCCGAAACGAGCAGGAUGAUGAGGUGGAGGUCACAGAGGUGCCCCUCACGCCCAAGCCAACCUUUCGCGCGAGCAUGACGCAGGAUACAGUUGGCACAGUUGGUGAGGAUUUUGUUCAGAAGAUCAACUCUGCCCGAAUGAGCAGUCGCAAGCGAGGUGUUUCUAGACGUCUGCAAGAGGAGGAGGAGCUGGUGAUAAGUCCAGAGCUUGGGCAUGUCCCACAGGCUCUGUUGACCUUGCCUGGUGUGGUGCAAGAACUUGAAACGGUCAUGGAUGCCAAAAAGGGCGAGGCGGCGCGAAACCAAGCCGUUGAGGAGGAAUGCCGGAAGUACUUGAAGUGGGAGGCACAUGAGAAGCCCUUGACAGACUUGGAGGAUGAUGACAUCCAUCCGCACUUCAAGAGAGGCAACUUGAAUCGUUUUGUGGUCAUGGCGGAGCAAGCCACGAUGCAAAAGAAGGCAUUGAUGCCUCUCAUCGAACCUCGGCCGCCUUCGGCACAUUUCCCUCAAGUUCCAGGCUCCAAUGGCUCCAAUGGUUCGAUCAAAAACCGUCCCGGCACGGCGAAUUCCGCGGGCAGAGGCACGCCGCAGGCCUGGGGUCGGCCCGGCUCCGCCAAGCGCCGCCCCGCCUCGGCUCUGGCGGACCGCGGCAACAAAGGCGACAAAGACCGCAGGAGGCCGCAGAGUGCGCAACGGCCGGGGAGUGCCAUGCCGCCCAUGAUGCCUCCGUCCACGCCGGCGCGAAUUGAAGUGUCCAACCUCUGAGCGCCAGAGCUACAGGCACGUGGCGUGAUUUCUGUGACAAAGG